AUGCCAGUAACAGAAUUCCAAGAGCGAGUUUACGCUCAUUUGUUGACCAUACCGGCCGGCAAAGUGACUACAUACGGCAAGCUCGCACGAGCAUUGAACUCGUCCCCUCGGGCCGUAGGAGGCGCGCUGCGUUGCAAUCCAUUUGCACCGGAAGUUCCUUGCCACCGAGUCAUCGCAACUGAUGGCUUUGUGGGCGGUUUCAAGGGGGACUGGGAGAAAGCUCCCUCCGGAGUCAACCAGAGUAUGAAACUCGAUCUCCUAAGGGAGGAAGGCGUCAAUUUCACUCCUGAGGGUAGACUGAUCGUCAAGGAUGAUGUUUGGUUUGAUGGUCCGUGGGAUGUGAAGAAAUCGAAAAAUGCGUAUAAAAUCAUCGAGGACAAAGCAAAGAUAGCAAAGUGA